AUGGUUGUUGUUUAUGCUGCCAGUGCUUACCCGAAGCCAUUUCCCCUCCCCUAUGCUUUCUCUCUUCCGAUAAAAGAUACACAGGAGAAAAGAAAAAGAAACAACGAAGGGGAGCAAAUGGUAUAUGAUUAUUUUGACAGAAAUUAUCUCGUUUCUAACCCUUUGGUCUUGUCUCUGCAGGCCUAUGAGAAGAGCAACAAAGCUGGUGAAUACUACAAUGGUGGCAGAGAUCUAGAUGACUUUGUUUCUUUCAUCAAUGAGAAGUGUGGCACCAGUCGUGAUGGAAAAGGGCAGCUGACUUCAAAGGCUGGUAUUUUGUCUGGUUUGGAUGCAUUGGUGAAGGAUUUUGUGGCUGCCGGCAAUGAUGAGAAGAAAGCAGUCUUCUCGAAGAUUGAAGGGGAAAAUUGUUGCAUGCCCCUGUUGCUGGUUGCCAGGUAUGGAAAGAUAUACUUGAAAGCUGGUAAAAGCUGUUUGGAUAAAGGUGCUGAUUAUCCCAAGAAGGAAACCGAGCCGCUGCAGCGGAUGCUUGACAAGUUCACCAGCCCAGAUAAAGCAGAUGAAUUCACUGUCAAGAAGAAUAUCUUAUCGACAUUCAUAUAA